UCGAAACAUGGCUCCCAUUCAAAAUUUCUACCCAGGACAAAAUCAGUUUCCCGGGAAAAAUCUCUACUCCUGGCAAAAUGUGUUCCCCUGGCAGCAAUUUCCACAGGAUCCCAAGCACCCUAGACCGGAUCAGUACCCCAGUCCGGACCAGUACCCCAGACCAGACCAGUACCCCAGACCGGACCAGUACCCCAGACCAGACCAGUACCCCAGACCGGACCAGUACCCUAGACCGGAUCAGUACCCCAGACCGGACCAGUACCCAAGACCGGACCAGUACCCAAGACCAGACCAGUACCCCAGGCCAGACCAGUACCCCAGACCGGAUCAGUACCCCAGACCAGACCAGUACCCCAGACCGGAUCAGUACCCCAGACCAGACCAGUACCCCAGACCAGACCAGUACCCCAGACCAGACCAGUACCCCAGACCAGACCAGUACCCCAGACCAGACCAGUACCCCAGACCGGAUCAGUACCCCAGACCAGACCAGUACCCUAGACCGGACCAGUACCCGCCACCGACCCCCACUACAGCGUCACCUAUUGACAGGCCAUCAACUAUGCCGCCAGCCAUUCUCCUCUGCAUCACCGCAUGUCCAGUAACAUCUGAAUACAACCCAGUGUGUGGAAGUGAUCGCGUGACUUACAGUAAUCCUGGAAGGUUGGCUUGCGCUAAUAUGUGUGGCGCUAAUGUCACUUUGCUCAGACAGGCGCCCUGCCCGACUAUGCAACCGUUUACCGCACAGUAGACCGUUACCUAUUACCUGUAUUCAAAUGAUUUAAUAAAUUAUAAAUUGCAACCUA